CUUACCCAUCUCUCUCUCUCUCUCCAUUACUCCGCGACCUGCACUUUCUCUCUCUCUCCGUAAUUUGCAUGAUUCCCCCAAAGAAACCCUAGCCAAUGUCUCUGAGCUCCCAAAUGCAGAGAUUCAAGUAUUGCUGCUACAAAACUAUGAAGACUGGUAAUUAUUUAUUUACACCUCUAGAGUCCAGCUAGGGGAAGCUACAGGUAGUCAUUCUUUGUGAAUUGAUGGGCCGUGAGGACUGAGGAGUAUCAGAGUGAUGUGGAUGAGCCCGUGAAAAUUUAGGGGAGAAUUGUGAUGUAUAGAAUCUAUUGAAGAGUUGCACUAUAGUCAUUCAUAGGAAGAAGAGGUUAUUUCUUCAAAUGUGAAGUGCUACAUUCUAUAAAUGUCGUUAGGUGUAAAGAAACCCUAUAGCUGACAAGAGAAGAGAGUGCAAUGGAAGAGAUCAACAGUACAAAAAGGCUCUUCACUUACAGCAAUGCAUACCUUGCAUAGCUGUUCAACAAGUCGUGCAGAUAUGAAUAAAGAAAAUGGAACUGCUGCUAAAUUUAGAGAGCCCACAGUUCGAAUUACACGAGCGCAGGCUAAGGGUUUAUCCAUAUCAGAGGGGUUACCUCCACCAAGGCCUUCAAGAAAACAUGACCAGAAGCCAACCCUUCAACAAAACUCCAAAAGACCAGCAUCAGAUGAGAACAAAUCUUCUAUUAGUCUUACCUCUUGUUUCCAGCAUAAGAAAAGGGCGGUUCUUAAGGAUGUCACUAACGUUUUCUGUGAUCCACAUGUAAACUGCAUAAAUGCAGUCAGAGUUCAGUUUAGCAAGCAGGCUAACAAAGGUAUUGGGAAGAAGACUGCAAAGGUGGCCCCAACUAUUUUCAUAGAAAAUUCUUGUGUUCAAGAGGGUGCGGAAGCAAAUAUAACUGAAGAAAUAUGCACAGUAGAGAAUAAGGAGUCACACGAAGCUAUUUUACCUGUUGACUUAAAAGAAAAUAUAACAAAUGGACAAACUAAACCUAUUGACACAAGAGAAGUUGGUGAAGCAAGCAUGAUUCUUGUGAAGCAAACUUCCAAUAAGCAUACUCGCCCCAAAAGCCCUUUCCAUAAAGGAGGCAAGUCGUGCGAAAAUUUGGAAGCCUCAACGUCUCUAGAAUCUCUACAGAUAGCUGAUGUUGAUUCCAACCAUAAGGAUCCUCUAAUGUGCAGCCUGUAUGCCCCUGACAUUUACAGUAACUUACGCGUUACGGAGCUUGAUCGACGGCCUUCAGUCAAUUACAUGGAAAUUUUGCAGCGAGAAAUUACUCCAGGCAUGCGGGGAGUUCUAAUUGAUUGGCUUGUGGAGGUUUCUGAAGAAUACAGGCUGGUCCCAGACACACUUUACUUGACAGUCAAUAUUGUUGAUCGAUUUCUCUCUCAAAAUCACAUUGAAAAACAAAGACUCCAGCUGCUUGGUGUUACUAGCAUGCUAAUUGCCUCAAAAUAUGAAGAAAUUUGUGCACCCAGCGUGGAGGAGCUUUGCAUCAUCACAGACAACACUUACAAGAGAGAAGAGGUAGUGAAAAUGGAGAGUCAAGUUCUGAACUUUCUGGGUUUUCACUUAUCUUUUCCGACCACAAAAAAGUUCCUCAGGAGAUUCAUUCAAGCCGCACAAACUUCCUUCAAGGUUCCAUGUGUUGAGCUGGAAUUCUUGGCAAAUUAUUUAGCAGAAUUAAGUCUGGUUGAGUAUAGGUUCCUCAAGUUCCUUCCAUCUCUAACAGCUGCAUCUGCAGUGUUUCUCGCCAGAUGGACACUCAAUCAGUCAGAUCACCCAUGGAAUCCAACUCUAGAGCACUACACAAGUUACGUGACAUCAGAUCUGAAAGGCUCGGUUCUGGCAUUGCAAGAGUUGCAACUCAACACUAAUGGAUGCUCUUUGAACGCUAUAAGGGAGAAAUAUAGGCACCAGAAGUUCAAGUGUGUGGCAAAUUUAUCCUCCCAUAAAGCUGUUGAAUCAGUGUUCUAAUGUUACUACAAAGCUAUUUAUUGCACCAGAGACGGAGAAAUGCGUGUUUGUCCGAACUGCUAGUCACCUUUGAGUAGUAAUUUCCUACUGAAUCUUGAGAUCAGUCGUAGAAAUUUGCAGUCCAAAGCAUUUGGAUUUCUAAUUUUAUCUCUUUUUGUUUCUUUCUAUUAAGCUCUCAUUGUGAUUGUAAUUUGUAGUUAGUUCUGGUGCUACCAGACCUGUAUAACUGUACAAGUUGGAUAUGUAAAAGUGAAUAAUUUGAGGUAGUUGCUAUAGAUGCAUAGUUUCAAACUGUA